GGCGGGAGGGGAGGUGUGGCGAGUGUGGGAGAGGCAGAAGGGUGUGUGCUCACAUGAACCACUCUUGCCCUUCUGCGUGUGUGCCACUAGUCAGUGUGUCUUUCAGGCAAAGAAUAGAAAAGUUAGGGCAAAGUCUGAGUCAGCUCCAGCAGCUACUAGACACUCACAGCAACUCCCUCCACAGUGACAGGUUUCUUCUCUCUCUUUUUUUUUUACUGCUCUCUCACCAUUCUCUCUCUCUCUCUCUCUCUUUCACACACACACAAACACACACCACAACCACCACCACCACCACCAUCACCCGUCACUCCUGGCAGAGGGAAGACAGGACCAGAGGAGAACUGCUACACACCUUUACUCCCAGCUACUCACCCAGCCAUCGACAGACGCUUUGCCCAGGAUGUGGACGCUUGUCUUGGGGGUCACCUUUGGAUUAUUGGCCUCCUCCAGGUCGGAACAACUUCAAGUGAACUCCCGCAGCUGCAGCUAUGCCGGGGUAUUUCUUGCUGAGGGAGCGAGCCGUCACUCCCUGAACUUUGACGCAGCUCGAAAGGUGUGUGAGCAGCAGGAGAGCAACUUGGCGAGUACAGAACAAAUCCUGGAGGCCUAUGAUAUAAACAUGGAAACAUGCAGAUACGGCUGGACCAGCAAUAUGAGCAUUGCCAUACUCAGACACUCGUACCAUGAAAACUGUGCAAACAACAUGACAGGCUUCAUAAUUAAUUCACAAGAUCCUGAAGAACCCUUUGAUGCCUACUGCUUCGAUGAAACAGCUGGUCCUGGUCAGAACUGUACCAAAGAAUUUAGAGUAACGGUAACCUUAACUUCAGAAGCACCAGCUGAACCAAAGCCUCAGGCCUCAACAUCAGCAGAGGGCCAGGAAGUGACCACUCCAAAAACACGACUCGAGGAUGCUUCUGGUAGUGAGGAUGCUAACCGUACGGCUAGGGAUGUGAUCGAAAUGACCACCACUAAUCUCAUAGGACUGAAUCAAGACGAGCCAGAUGAUGCCACCGAAAACCCCUUUGGAGGGAGUGAGGACAGCACUGUGAGGUUCACUCCUACAGAGUUUGAUCGGAUCACUGGAUCAGGGAUGAUGCCACCCACUGAAGAGGAGGGAACCUCUCCAACUGACGAAACACAACUUCUUACUGACAAUGAGCAACAUAUACAAACAAAGAAGCCUGAUGGAGAUGAUACCACAACAAAGCCUCCACAAGAACAACCUAAUGGCAAAGGACAGCAUGAUCACCAGAACGACAGUUCAUCGGGCUGGCUGGUUAUAAUUCUAGUGAUUGUGGUCGUUGCUAUUAUUCUUCUCCUGUGCGCAGCUGUUGCCAUGAGAAAGAGCUUGUGCGGCAAACAGCAGACCCUGAUGAUCACAUCCAAAGACGGCGGCGAGGGCAACGGGGCUGCAGCAUCAGCAUCCAGCUCCCACGCCCAGGAGAGAGAGCAGGAAAUGGUGACCCUCAUGAACAAGGAGAAGAUCCAGGAGAACGGCAACACAGAGGAGUUCACCGUCAUCACACUAGAGGAGUCGCCAGAUAAAGAACAGCUGGCUUGAGAGAAGAGUGUUGAGGCAGGAAGAAAAGAGUAAGUGAGGAUAGGGAAGGUUAGGAUUAGGAUCUGGUUGGGAGAUUGGAUGGGUUGGGGGUUGGGGCUCCAAACACUGGGGGGAAACUGCUUUGGUGGCCAGCACUGGAUGUGUGUGUUAUUUAGAAAGAUUGUCUAACUAAGGUAUAAUGUUGUACUGGGUCUGCAGGGUCUUUCAAACCAACACAUGCAUAAUUUUGUUUGACUGGUAUGCCGGGUUAGCUAGGACUGAGUGGCAGUCAAAGAGCAUCAUACAAGGGUGGGGAAUCAUGCGUUGAUGCAGCCGGUUGUGUGAAUGUGUUUUGUGUCAGUUAUUUGUGUUUGUGAGCUGUAUGCUUUGUUGAUGAUGGGGCCGGAUAGACAUGGGUUUUAAAUGGAGGGGUGAUGGGGGUCUAAAUUAAGAAGAAGAUAUCGAUGACAAAUUGUCCUCUUUUUUAUCUAUUUGGUGAAUCCUAAAUUGUAUGGCCUUUCAUCCUAAAUGAGAAAUGACAGAUGAAUGAUGAAACCAGGCUUAUUUUAUUUGUGGUAUUGCAGAUAUAAGAAAUAAUAAUUUCGAACAAAACAACCCUGAAUGUUUUACACGUGUUUCAUCUCCUUAUUUUGUUUGUUUAUCAUUGUAACUUUGUGUAUAUUUCAUACAUUUCCUGUGGACUAGAGUUUUUUUCUCCAUUUUCAAGAUGAUGGGGGAUGUCACUAUCUUAAUGUAUGCAGCUUUGAGGCCCAUUUUUCUUGGUCUCUGUAUAUAACGUAUAUGUUUUGAAAAUGCCUUAGCAAUAGCUGCCAGUGCUUUUGUUGUUUGAUAGAAAGGGUCACUUAUCCCUUUUAAAUUAAGGAAUGUGUCAUUUUUUGAGAGUUAUUUUAUUAGAAAUCAGUACCUCCGAAGGAAACAUUUGUGAAGAAAUUUUGCAAUAGUCAGAGUGGAGUGGAUAUUGUAUGAAUUAACUUGAUGUAUAGCAUCCAAAACUGUGCAAUUAAUGCAUCACUGAAAUCAGUUAUUAUGGUAUACAUUUAUAUUGGGUAGGGAAUAAUGAUGAUUAAGUCCGAAAUGUUAUCCUGAGGAUAAGUAGAAUUAUAAAAAGUAUGUAUACAUACUAUAUAUAAACAGUGUGUACAUUGAUUUGGGAAAAAGAAAGCGCAAAACAAAGAAUAGGAUAAAUUCAUCAUCUUUUGAGUGCAAAAUAUAAGCUCAAUUGUGUCGUCUCCGUGCUCUCGAGAGGGAGGGGUGUGAUGAAUGAAGCCUGUGUGCUUGCCCAGGCCCACAUGUGCCAGUCCCUGUACAUUUCACACAUGUAAACUAAAUGCUGCAGUUUUUCUACUAUAUAUCAUACAUUGUUUCAUAUCAAUAUUAUUUCCUGUGUGACAGUAUUUUUUUCUGGUUUUCAGCAUGAAAACGCUGAAUUACAUACAGUGAUUGCAAAAAGAUUUUUUUGUUUGUUUCUGACUUUUUCCCUGCUUUCACUCUCUUGAUUUCUUUUCAAAAAAAGUAGCAAAUGUACUAGUUUAGGAAGGUUUUAUGACAAAAUAACAAAAGAUGUUGCUGAAAAGAUUUGUAAUGUCAUGGAUGAAAAUAAAUGUGCAUAGAAAGAGA